AUGGAUCUCCUCCAUAGCAACGGAGUGCUCAUAAUUCAACAUUUGCAAAAGUAUUACAGGUCUUACUGGAGUUUUUUAAAUUUCAUGUCACACGUUGGAGAUCCUCGGAAUAUUUUUUUGGUUUAUUUUCCUCUCUGGUUCCAGGUUAAUCCAGUGGUUGGUACAAAAAUGAUAUGGGUGGCAGUGAUCGGUGAUUGGUUGAAUCUUAUAUUUAAAUGGAUUUUAUUUGGUCAUCGUCCAUAUUGGUGGGUUCAAGAAACUAUGAUUUAUCCGAAUCGAUCAAUCCCAUGUCUUGAGCAGUUUCCAAUAACAUGUGAAACUGGGCCAGGAAGCCCUUCAGGACAUGCCAUGGGAUCCUCAUGUGUCUGGUAUGUAAUGGUGUCGGCGGCCCUCAGCUAUAGAUCGAGACGAAAAGAUAAAUCAGCUAUUACUCUGCAUAGACUUGCCUGGUCCUUCCUAUGGAGUAUUUUCUGGAUUAUUCAGAUCAGUGUGUGUGUGUCAAGAGUAUUUAUGGCAACACACUUCCCCCAUCAAGUCAUCCUUGGAGUAAUUGCUGGCAUGCUCGUUGCAGAAGCGUUUGAACAUACCCCAUCCGUUCAGACAGCAACUUUAAAAACAUACAUGAAGGCAAACAUGUUCCUCUUCUUUUCUGCUCUUGGUUUUUACUUGGUUCUCAAGCUUAUUGAUAUUGAUCUUCUAUGGUCUGUUCCAAAGGCGAAAAAAUGGUGCGCCAACCCUGAGUGGGUUAAUAUUGACACGACUCCCUUUGCUGGCCUGGUGAGAAAUGUAGGCAUCCUCUUUGGUCUAGGUCUCAGCAUUCAUUCUGAAAUGUUCAUUGUGAACUCUAAAGCUCAACGUGGCUACAAGGGCAGUUUCAGGAUACUGUGCACGGCAGCUUCCUUAGCGACACUGCAACUCUAUGGUUUUAUCAAGAUACCCACCCACACCGAGUAUGUGUUUUACAUCCUUUCCUUCUGUAAAAGUGCAGCUAUUCCUCUCACCGUGGUGGCUUUGAUUCCAUAUUGCAUUCAUGUGCUAAUGAAGGCGACACAAAAAAAUCUUCCAUAGAAUUCAUGAUCAACUUUGGAGAGGAAAACCUUGGAGUAUCACGUUUAUGCUGCGACCAAAGGCUAGAACAGUUAUUUUCCAAUUCCAUUCUGAACUAGGGUUGCUGGAUAUUUGAGGGCGGAGCCUGAGGAUGGUGGAGUUUGGGGAGGGAACUCAGUGAGGAUGUGAUAUAGAGAGUCUGCCCUCCAAAGCUGCCAUUUCAGCCAGGGGAACUCACCUCUGAAGUCUGGAGAUCAGUUACAAUUCUGGUAGAACUGCAGGCUCCACCAGGAGGCUGGCAACCCUGUUCUAAACAAUGGUGUGUGCCAUUUUGUCAUGUAUGAU